AUGUCGACUUCUUCUUCUCACCAAGAAAACCCAGAACCCAAGAAAGUCCAAUUCCCAUUGGACUCAACUGCGUACCAAAUCCUCGAUGAAAUUGGCUUCGGCGUAAGCGCUGUUGUUUACAAAGCCAUCUGUUUGCCGAUGAACAACACAAUCGUGGCAAUCAAGUCCAUCGAUCUCGAUCAAUCCGGGGCUGAUUUCGACAACAUUCUAAGUGAAACCAAGACACUCUCUCUUCUUUCACACCCCAAUAUCCUGAGCGCCCAUUGUUCUUUCACUGUGGACCGUCAUCUUUGGGUCGUCAUGCCGUUCAUGUCCGCCGGGUCUCUCCAAUCCAUAAUCUCCUCUGCUUUCCCCGACGGCCUACUUGAGCCCUGCAUUGCCUUCGUCCUCAGGGAGACACUGAACGCCAUGUCGUAUCUUCAUGACCAAGGGCACCUCCACAGAGACAUCAAGGCUGGUAAUAUCUUGAUUGACUUCAGUGGGUCGGUUAAAGUUGCAGACUUUGGGGUUUCUGCUUCUGUUUAUGAGGCCAAUUUGAGUGGAGAGUCUUCGAUUCGGUUAAACGACGUUGCUGGGACGCCAUUUUACAAAACACUUUCUACUCUCAAUGUCAAACUUGAGAAGGGUGUUGGAGAGGAUGCUGUUGGAGUUUUGGGUCUUAUCCCGGAGCAAAAACUUACAACUGCUUUGCGGAUGCUUGCUUAUGGGGCAUCUGCAGAGCAGGUGGAUGAGAUUGCAAGGAUGAGAAAAUCUACUAUCCUAGAGUGCUUUGUGAGAUUCUGUGAUGCAGUGGAAAAUUUGUACACGAGGGAGUACCUUCGCAAACCCACGCCGAGGGACCUGCAAAGGCUUCUACAAAAAGGCGAGGAUCGAGGUUUCCCAGGAAUGAUUGGAAGCAUCGAUUGCAUGCACUAG